CGUAAACUGAACAUGGCCAAUCAGGAUGUGGAAUUCGUGCGAACGGGAUAUGGAAAGAACCUCGUCAAGGUGCUGCAUGUCAGGCGAGAAGGGACACAGCAUCAAAUCAAAGAGCUGAAGGCGAAUGUUCAGCUUACCCUGAAGACACGCAAAGACUACGUGUUCGGAGACAACAGCGACAUCAUCCCUACUGACACCAUAAAGAACACUGUUCAUGCUCUUGCUAAGAUCAAAGGAGUUAAGACCAUAGAAGAGUUCGCCAUGGACAUCUGCAGGCACUUCUUGACAUCCUUCAACCACGUCACUCGGGCCAAAGUGGACAUUGAAGAGAUGCCGUGGAGAAAAUUAGAGAAGAAUGGUAUUGAGCAUGCCCACGCUUUCAUCCUAAGUCCCGAGGCUUGGAGGUUCUGUGAGGUUGAGCAAUAUCUUAAUGAGACCCCAGUGAUUCACAGUGGCAUAAAGGACAUGACUGUGCUGAAAACGACGCAGUCUGGCUUCGAGGGUUUUCUGAAGGACAGGUUCACCACUCUACCCGAAGCUAAGGACAGGUUCUUCUGCACCAGUGUGUAUGCAAGGUGGCGAUAUAACACACACACUAAUGUCUCCUUUGACGCUGCGUGGAAAACUGUAAAAGAUAUUAUUAUCGAGAAGUUUGCUGGCCCAUAUGACCGCGGUGAAUACUCUCCAUCGGUCCAGAAGACUAUUUAUGACACACAACUUCUCGUUCUUAGCCGAGUGCCACAGGUGGAGGAGAUUGAGAUAGUCAUGCCAAAUCAGCAUUACUUCACCAUAGACAUGACAAAACUGGGACUUCCCAACAAAGAUGAGGUCCUUCUACCACUUGAUAAUCCCUCUGGGAACAUCACCGGAACCGUGAGGCGAAAAGCACGAGCUAAACUGUAGAGGGCGCUGCCAAGGUGCAAAACAAGUGGAGCCACGGGCAAAGACAGAG